AUGAAGGCUCUUAGCUCUGGUCCUGCCCUUAGUGGCCUGUCACCCGGUAAAGAAAGCCUCGACAACAAAUGGCCCAUCAAGGAGAAGAGCAUUGGCGACAUACUCACGCGGGCACCGGAUGCCGUCUCUCCGUCAACAAAAGAGUAUGGUACCAACGACUGGGCCAAGGGUAUGUUUGACGAAAAGAAUGAGAUCUCCGAGGCCUCACUGUCAGAGGGCUUCACUUUCCCACCCAGAGCACCACACCGCCCGGGCCAGUUUACCAAUAUUCCUCGGCCUGGCCUUUUCAAGGAGCCCCUUGAUCCUCGACCUCCAGAGCCAUGUCAGACUCCUGCUGGUCCAUCCGUCAAGAAGAACAGUGGCGAGCCAGUGGCGAGAGCCUCUCCUUUGGACUUACCGGAGCUCUGUCUCCCAGGCAAAUCAAGCAAGGUAGACACCACUCAACGGCAGAAAGGGGACGCUGUGGACUCUAAGAAGCAACAGCUUAAGUCCAAGUUUUUCUUGCCUUCUAGCGACACCGUUUCCGCGGACUUGUCAUGCCCCCAAAGCUGCUCGCCAAAUGACGCUGGGGAGACAGCUCAAGUGACCAAGCUGCUUUCUCCGCCAAAGCUCACUUCUUCGCCAACACAAUUGCAACAUAGCGGUUUGCUCACGGCUAUCAAUCACAGAUCAGCUGUCCGUAAGCCGGCUGAGAUCGGCGACUUGUCACAGCACCGGCCUCAUGCAAAGAACAUGAGCUCAAACCCUCGGCGUCAAUCAACCCCCAGCGUCUGUGGCGAUUUGGAGCUUCCCACAUACUACAGCCCUGCAACAGUCCGUCAUCGCCACAAACACCAUACAACCAGGCCGAUGAUCCACGGCUCUACCAAACGCCAUGAGCAUCCAUCUCGACACAGGUCCUCUUCUAUCGCAAGCAGCAACAUUUCCAAGAAGAGGUCGCGAGCACAUAAUCUGCACGUAUCGCCCAAUUCUGAUAGGAAAUUAUUGGCAAUGGAGCAAGCCGCCAUUCAUUGGAACGAAUGCGUUCAGAUAUCAGCCGAGGAGUCCUCGGCUGCCCGACGGGAAGCUCAAAGACUCCAAGAGGAGAUCCACCAACAGGAGUCGGAGCUUGAAAAGGCUCGAGAGUUGUUGAAUCAGAAAGAUGCCAAGCUAUCCGAGAUUGAGAAGCUUUACACGACGCUGCUCGAAGAGGACGCGCGAGUAGUAGGAGACAACAAAACCCUCAACGAGGAACUCACAACUCUUCGGCAGCAACUAUCCGAGGAGAUGAAACAAAGGGAGUUUGUCGAUGACAGACAUCGAGCUUGCCGAGACAAGCUCAACGAAGCCAUCAAGGAACAGCAGGAGCUGUUUGUCCGCUCCCGUGCAUUUUACGAAGAAAUGAUGGACGAGCUUCGGAAGGAAAACGCGCGCAAAACGUUGGAUUCUGACGCCGUCGAGAAGGCUUUGGAGAGCAGCCGUCAGAAGCGAGAUGAGAUGAAGAAUUGCCUAGAAGAGUACCGCAUGCAGAUGGAAGAAGCUAUCAAACAGAAGAACCAAGCCGUUUCGGAGCUCAAAGAAAGGCUAGCCCUCCAGGAAGUUCUACUGGCUCAAGAAAAGCUGUUUGCCAAUCAUGUCAACACUCAGACUGAAGAGCAAACUAUGACUUAUCAACGCGUACGGACAUUGGAGGCCAAAGUGGACGCUCUGAUAGCGCAUCAGACGGAACAAGACGAGCAACGCCACUCGGAUGCUCAACAGAACACGCAAUUGAUGAAGAUGCUGAGUUUGAAACUGGAUUCCCUGGUCGCCGGCGGCAACCUAGUCGUAUCAAACAUGCUGUCAAGGGACGACCUGGACCUCAAGCUCGCUGCUGCGGAAAAUAACAUCAUUCAAAGAUUGUCGCCAGCAAUCAACUCGUUGGAACAUGGGCAGCUUGACAUGACAAAUGUUGUGACGCAGCUGGAGGCAUCAAUCGGACGAAGUCUCGACGUCUUCAAAGACGAGGCUGUUCAAUUGAUGGACACUUGCAAAGAAAGCAAGGAAGGGGGCCACCAGCAAGUGGAAGAGGUGUUGGCCUACCUGCAGAAGCUGGAUCACAGCUUGAAGAAGACAGAGAGCUUGUGUGAAGAGAUGGGCCAGAAAUUCGACGUCCUCGCAGGCAGCGAGCAAAGCAAUCAGCGCGAGACAAGCAACCUUUUACAAGACGUUUUACAGCAGCUUUCGGCUCGGGAGAACAGACUGGACAACCUGGAACGCCAGAUAUUGCAAGCAUAUGAGGGGUUCGCAGAGAAGAUUGAGUCUACGGUCGCUGGAGCAAUUAGCGACGGAGGGGAAACAACGGCAUUUGUGAAAAGCGCAGCUGCUGAGCUUUGCGCCGCUUUGGAGAAAGGGUUUGGUCAGGAGAAGGAGAGAACAUUGCAACUGCUCCAAGGCAACGAGGAUCUUGUCAAAGUUUUGACCUCUCACCUCGAUGAGCAGAAGAAGCUCGCCUCUCAGACCGAUCAUAACACUUGCGAGUUACAAGCGACCUUGACAAGCGAGCGUGAGGCUGCUGCCCAAUUGAGACGCCAAAUCCAGGGGCUUGAACAGAAGAAUCAGGAAACCGAAGAGCUUCGUAAGCAAUGGCUCAAAGACAUUGGGGUUGUGGACACAAUCCGGACACAGCUCAAGGCCAUCAAGGAGAGGAUUCCACAAAUCGAGAACUGCGACAAGAAACUGGAUCGAAUCGUGGAGAUUAGCAGGUCUAUUCAAUCCUCAGCAAGCUACCUGACCACGGAAAGAGAAUGGGUUCAGGCAGAGCUCGAGGGCAAGAUGCCAAAGCCGGUCGCCUCGGAGCCCGGGACCUCGGGUGAGGCUACCAAAAUGCCGAUGGCACGAUCCAUCGAAGCCCCUGAAGUGACGGAAAGAUGUGUGGUCAAAGAAGAUGUCAUCAGUCGCAAAGUCACUGUCCACAGUCCUGACCCAGGUGAGGGCUCCCCAUUACCUCCACCAACUGUGAUGCAGGAGCAAAAGCGCCGCCGUGAAAUCACUCAGCUUAGGUCGAUUCUCAAAACCCAUGCUCUCCCUGGCGCACACGAGACAGGAGACUUGGAGGGCCCUUCCGCUCGACCACAGGCCAACCAUGGCAAGCCUAGCCAAUCUUUGAACGGCUCUCUCAACAAGUCGACAUCUGCUUCGGCGAAGGACAUGGUUGCUGAGAUUCGCUCGAGGUUGCUCCGACAUGACUGGAGCUUUCCGACUGUGGCCGAUUUCGAGCGGGACGUUCAGCUGGCAAGCAAGAAAAGACAGGCACCUCAUGACGACCAAGUAGCUUCGGACGCCUUUGAUGCUAACAAUCGAGAUUCGAAGAAAGCCAGAACGAAUUGCUGCACUGAGUAG